AUGUUAAACACGUUUGACAAGAUUGGGGGUUGCACUUUGCCUAACUAUGGUAAAAACCGCACACAACCACCCGGUGCUCACUGUCACGCUUUGGCUCCUUACCAACACUCGAUGGACGCCUACCACUACUGCGCGACCAUAUUCUCUCAAUGGUCGGGCGGUAUGGCACCGGACAAGUACCGGGUGGACAGUCGACGUGGCAGCAAUUAUAUGGUGGUAAUUGAGUUAAACCGGUCGUUCAUUGGCGGUAAAUAUCUACUAUUUAAAGCGCACUCGAGAUACGAACACUUAUACAGUGCGUUCACCAAAGGGUUUAUAUACGUCAACCCCAACAACAGUGAUGUCUCUAUAUUCCGAUUCCGCACAACUGUUGUCAAACACGAGCCGCUCAUUAGAUUAUCGGCCGGUAAAUGCUUUACCGGACAGACGAGGGAUGAGUGUCGGGUCAGGUGUCAUAUAGACGAAGCGUUAUCGCGGUAUUCGCGGCUAAUCCCGUCGUAUCUGUCCUACGAGUCCAAUAAUCAUAGCCUGUAUUUUGAUAAUUAUAUCAAUUCUAGUGAUUUUGACGACCUGUGCGAUAGUCGCUGCGAUGAACGGGUAGAUUGUGUCCAACGUUUCUACUCCAUUGAGUACAACACGGAGAGGACACCCGACCCGUUGACCUAUUAUACAAUUGUGGUGGAGUUCCCCUCCGAGCCGACCACUGUCUAUGAGGUAAUCCGUAAAAUGCCAUUUGCAGAGUUCCUGUGCCUAUUGGGCAGUAUAUCCAGCCUUUGAUUUUUGGGACACUCUAGCUCUUACACCAACGCACUCGAUAGGAUCAAGUUUAAUAACAAGUCAAUUGGUGAGCAAUUUGAAAUGUUAAACACGUUUGACAAGAUUGGGGGUUGCACUUUGCCUAACUAUGGUAGAAACCGUACGCAACCAGUCGGCGCCGAAUGUCGCGUACUGUCCCCUUACCAGCACUCAAUGGACACUCAAAACUACUGCGUGACUAUAUUCUCGCAAUGGUCGGGCGUACGGUUUCGCAAAACUCUGGUCAAACACGAGUGGCUCAUCAAAUCGUCACCCGAUAAAUGCUUUGUCGGACUGACACGCGAUGAGUGUCUGAUCAGGUGUCGGAUAGAGGAAGGUUUGGCCCGGUAUUCAACACUGUCUCCAUUGUAUCUGUCCUACGAGUCCGGUAACCAUAGCUUGUAUUUCGCUAAUUAUAUCAAUUCUAGCGAUUUUGACGAUCUGUGCGAUAGUCGAUGUGACGAUCGGGUUGAGUGCGUCCAAUAUUUUUACUCCAUUGAGUACAACACAGAGAGGGCACCGAAUCUGGCGGACGGUUACGCAAUUGUGGUGGAGUUCCCCUCCGAGCCGACCACUGUCUAUGAGAUUAUCCGUAAAAUGCCAUUUGAAGAGUUCCUGUGCCUAUUGGGCAGUAUAUCCAGCCUUUGGUUCGGUUUCUCUCUGCUAUUGUUGACCAGAUUUUGUGAGAAAAUUGUCACCGAUUGGGCCUUCAAUGCCACGAAGAAACCACUGGAAGCGCUUAUGUCUGUAUAUCCGCCACUAUUGACAUACAAUGAAUGGGAGACAGUUUCUGGUGACAACACGUCUGUCCUAUACUAUCAAUAUUGCGGUCCAUUUAUAUUACUGUUGCGGACAUUGUCCUCAUAUAUCGAUACAAAUUUUGUAAUCAAAGCCCACCAGAAAGAAAGGAUCGUUGACUUAUCGACGGCGUUGACCUCCGAUAUCAUUGUCUAUCCGGUGACGAGUGCUUCAAAUUAUUUACAACAUAUGGGCUAUGAAUUGUCCACAACUAUUGGAUCAGUUAUGGGAGACAUGUUUAUUAGUAAACCUAUAUUCUAUGAGAGGCCGGUGUUUGACUUUCUCACUGACUGCUGGGACGAAGAGAUAUACUAUUGGAUCCUAUUAUCAGUGCUGGUCUUCAGUCUAGUUCUUGGCCUCAAAUACCAGUCGACGGGAAAAUUCAUAGAAAACAUUUGGCACUUUUCAACGAUACUUCUGUCCGAUUACAUGCCAUUCCGCGGCCGACGACUAGUAGUCAGUGACCGCCGAUUUGUGGGCCCGUGGCUUAUAGUGUGCGCCAUUCUGUUGCCCGCGUACUCGCGAGUUAUGUACUGGAAAAUCAUCGGCGGUGACCAUCACUAUGGGGUCGGUGUCGACAAUCUGUGGCAACUGUACGCACAGCCCGAAUGGCAAAACUCAAAGAUCUUUGUGGUGGACACGGAUCCGUUCGUCACACCCGACUAUUACCGCAAGGAUUUAAUGCCCGUCAGAGUAAUGGCCAACAGAGUCGACUAUAUCGACGGCAUUGACAUGUAUUUCAAUACAUCACUGUUUUGGGAUAUGUUUGAUAGAGUGGUCGCCCAAAACGCUGUCAUCAAAAUUGACAGACUCUUUGGUCAUCACCUGCUGGCCAGCGCCCGAUUGGCCUAUCGUUAUGUUCGUAAUGUUGACUAUACUAUGGCUGACAGUUGGUUGAAAUCACGGGAUUAUCGCCUGGCAGUGGGCGAUGCAAUCCCUACUUAUAUAUUCAACUGGAUAAUCGGAAGAAUGAAAGAGAGCGGUGUCUUUGAUCGGCAAGUGAUCCAAAGCUCAAUGAUGUACGGCUUCGGACCAAACGUAUACGACAAUGAUGUCGCCGGUGGUGAUGGAAAUGUGAACAAGGUGAUCACUUUGGAUCAGAUGAUGGGUGUGUUUUGGCUGUUCGGGUUGGGUGUGGCCGUCUCUAUCGGCGCACAAUUUACCGAAUUCAUCGCACGCCUAAUAUUUCCAUCUGCGCCCAUCCACAAGGUCAAUUAUCAUCUAUGUUUAUAG